AUGGUCUUUUGGUACCGCAUCCCAGCAACAGAGAAGCUUGGCAGCUCGGAUGGAGCAGACAACGGUAGUUCCCCGCGUAGUGGCAGUAUGAGGUAUUCGCGUGACGCAGCACCAACCGUUGACCGGUUCAGUGUCCGUCCAACUGCGAUUCAAGUCGGAAUCCUCAAUUUAGAUGCCGAUGAGCAGGCUAAUUUGCGUCGGGUUCUCUUGCUUCGUGAUCUGUACAGGACGGUAGACGCAAUUGAUGACAUUUUGAAUAUGGAUCAUGAGUUACAUACCGAGCAGCGUACAGUAGACGCUGACUGGCAUUUCACGUCUCAGAGGGGAGGUACAAGGCCUGAUUCAGCACGUCAGCCAAAUGAAAUAGAUGCAACCUGUCUACAAGACACAUGUGAGGCCAUAUGA